AUGAGCAUGCUCCUUCAACGGUUGGCUGCCUAUCUAGGCCAUUCUCAAGCUGCACUGGAGCUCAAAUGGAUGUCAGCAUUCGCAGAAACGUCAAAGCAAUCGCUUUCUGAACUUGUCGAUAGACGGCUGAAGGAUGAGCCUCUCCAGUACAUUCUGGGUUCCCAGCCGUUUGGUGCCCUCAACUUGAUUGUACGGCCUCCGGUGCUCAUUCCGCGCCCGGAAACCGAGGACUGGACCAUUCGAUUGUCCAAGACCAUCACGCCGUCUCCAAAACACCCUAUAUCUAUCCUGGAUUUGUGUACGGGAAGCGGAUGCAUACCGCUGCUGUUAUGCCACCUCUGGCCUCAAGGGAGCGUGCGUGCCUACGGCGUUGAUGUCUCUACUGACGCAGUAGAGUUAGCGACGGAGAACGCUGCAAGACACGACAUACCGUCUGGGACUGACGGUUUGCGAAAUAGUUUCAAAGCUCAGCAAGGAAAUGUUCUGGAUCCCGCAUUUCCCAAGAGCGUGGAGCCACCAUUCGACGUCCUCAGCGCUAAUCCACCUUACAUACCCUGGAAAGAAUACCUUGACCUUCCUCCUUCCGUCUUGCGAUACGAGGAUCCAAGGGCGCUUUUUGGUGGUCCCUCAGGUCUUGAAUUCUAUCAUGCCAUCGCCGGCAUGGUCUCGCGCCCAGGCUUUCUCAAAACCGACGCUGUUGUGGCACUCGAAGUGGGACACGAGCAGGCCGAAAAGGUGGAAGAUAUUCUGCUCGAUGUUGGCGCAAUCCAGCGAACAGAGAUAUGGAAUGAUCCUUGGGGAAAAGCACGUACGGUCCUCGGAUGGCGAACGUAA